AUGCCGCCAGAGGACCCGGACCUCAUUGAAAUGGGAUGGGGAAAGGCGCCGGUCAAGGUCAAGGAGGAGGAGGAGAAAAAACCGGGGACGGAAACAACACCGGUGCUUCCGAAGCCUGCUGAGCAAGGCUACAAUCAUCGCAAGGCCGCCAUGGCUUUGCUUCGGUUGCGGCGGAACCAGAACCGCAUGGAUAAACUGCCGGAAGCCCUCCGGAACCUCCUCGACACCGAUGAUGACGCGGCUCGCAAGCUCCUGAAGGACCACGGAGGAAACGUGGACCAGAUGAUCGAGGCUGCGAAUCACAUGGUCUUCAAGGAGACUGCAGAGGUUGAUACGGAGACGACAACUCCUUUGACCGAGUUUCAGGUGCUGCAGAUGUACGGCCCCACCAAGGGAGCCGAAGUGAUCAAAGAGAAGAAGGAGCGGGGGGAAACAGUUGAGGACAAAAACCUGGCUGGGAACAUCCUCUACCUCGUCGCGAACGACAAGCUGGAGCUCAGCAACAAGUCUGGGCAGCGGCACGAGUGGAGCAAAGGCACCGACAAUCGCGCUCCAACACAGGCUCCCUCGUCUUCCUCCGGAUCCACACCUACGCCUGCUCCGGCGACUCCGGCCACGAACACACAGCCGGAAGCUCCCAAGGUCGACGAGGCCAAGCCGAAGCCAAAGCCCAACAAGAAGCCCAAAGCCAUGACAGCCACAACGCCUGUGGAUAGGGCGGAAAGCUUGUGCAACGAGGUUCUGAAGUGCAAAACCGAGGCCAGCAAGCUGUCCACGCAGCUGAAGAGCUUGAGCUACGCAGAUCAGCUCGUCAAGGAUUUGGAGAAGUACAUCGUGAAGUUUGACAGCCUGUAUUGCGACAUCAGGAAACUGAUCCAGCAAAAGAUCAACGAAGAACGACCCUACAUCGUGCAUGUGAAAUCCUUUGUCGAGCUUCAAAAAAGUUUCCAAGAUGUCAAAGCGAGUGCAUCGGCCAUGGCGAGAGGGGUGAAAGCGAAGGCGUCCGCCAAGAAGGGUGCCAAGAAGACGACUUCCCCUGGUGAACAAGCUGCCUGA